GACCUGCAACUAGUAGCCGGAGGAAAAGAUAGAUGGAGACGGCGGCGAUUGGCGUGACUGAGAUAGAAGGAAGGGGAAGGGCAAUGGUGGCUCUACGCCCUUUAAAAGGAGGUGAAAUCGUUCUCAGGGACUCCCCUAUUGUUCUUUACUCUGCUCUUCCUUUUCACUCGGACGAUCACCAGAAAAACAACAAUUGCUACUGCUCCCAUUGCUUCACCAGCAUCUCACAGCAGCCGCAAAACGUCUCUUGCUCCACCUGCGGAUCCCGAUUCUGUACCUUCGAAUGCCAAUCCGUCGCUUCCACCACCUCCCACACCCCGUGGGUCUGCCAAGCGCUAAUACGGCUCCGGCAAUACUUUUCCGACCACCAUCAACCACUAGACCUCCAGCUCCAGGCUCGUUUUCUGGUUUCUGCUUACAACCUCGCACGUGUCUCCCCAGAUAGGUUUCGGAUGUUGUCGUCCCUUCAAGGAUCCGUUCCUUCUCAGCCCGAUGCGGAUUCCUCUGCGACCUUUCUCCAUUCGCUUAUCUCUUCCAUCUGCCCACCUCCGCCCCUCGAAUUAGGGUUUUCUUUGGAAUUAACUUCUGUUCUGCUGGCCAAGGACAAGCUCAACGCCUUCGGAUUAAUGGAACCUUUUUCAGAAGAAAGGGAAGGGAGAUCCGUCAGGGCAUACGGGAUCUAUCCAAUGGCAUCUUUCUUCAACCAUGAUUGCCUUCCAAAUGCUUGCAGGUUUGAUUAUAUUGAUGUUGCUGGAUCGGCCUCAGGUAACAACACUGACAUCACCAUUAGAAUGAUCCAUGAUGUCCCGCAAGAAAGGGAAAUCUGUUUGAGUUAUUUCCCAGUGAAUCUUAAGUACGCAGAACGUCAGAAGAGUCUCAGGGAUGAUUACGGGUUCCUAUGUGACUGUGAUCGAUGCAAGGUGGAGGCGAAUUGGUCUGAAAGCGACGAUGAUGGAUUAGAAGUUGAUGCCAUUGAUGAAGAAGAAGAUGAGGACACCUCCGGUGUUAUGGAUGAGGACCCUGAUGAACAAAUGCAAGAUGAAGAAGACACUGAUGCGAUGAAAGGAGAAGAUGACUUUCCUCAUGCUUAUUUCUUCCUGACUUACAUGUGUGAUCGAAAGAACUGUUGGGGCACAUUGGCUCCCCUGCCUCCAUCUGUUACCACAACUCCUAGCGUAAUGGAGUGUAAUCUUUGUGGAACCUGUAAAAAUCUUGAUCAGGUAUGAAUAUGAUGCAAUUUAUUAGUAUAAAGUUGGGUUUUUGAUUAAAUGUGUUUACCCAUCUUGUUGACUAAAAGAAUGAAAAUUAAAAGUUAAAAGUUCUUGGUGAAUGUUGUAUUGGUCUUUUAAGAAAAAUUGUCGCUUUGAGUAUCUUCCAACUAAAGAUUUGUUGUGUAACAUGGUAUAAUCUAUCCGUCAUGGAUUGUAAGGUCACCUUGUAUUCAUGAAAAAUACCUAAUAAAAGAGAACAUGUGAAGAAGGUUAUGUUUGAUCA